UGCGUGGUACGUUGGUAACCACACCAACUUUAAAACAGGAAACAUCUGAAUCAAGAAGAGGAAAAGACGAUGCAAAAGCAGCAGCUUUCAUCUCCAGUAGUGAGAUCAUGAAAUGUGGCUGGCUGGCCAACGUCAUGGGAGCCAAAAUAUCAAAGGAUUGUAGGCUGAUAUCAUCAUAUCAUGGCAAAACUUUGGAAGAGCAGACGCUUCCACAGAGAAGGACUUUCGGAUUCCUAACAAAAUGCAAAUAA